GAUCUGGUGGUGUGCUAGUUUUUUUCUCCUUUCGGCUAUCCUAUCCACUAACGAGAGACAGAUAUGCGUCAACUCAUAUGUCCUCAUCGUCUGCCCGGCAAAAAGGACCAUCGCCGUCCUCGCCAUUCGCGGUAGAGCGAGCAAGAUACAUAUUUUGGUACGCACGUCAAGGGCAACGUUUGCGGGCAUAUUUUGGUGUUGAGACGCGAGAAUGUGUGUGAUAUGAGAUGGGUCACACACAGCUCAUGCCUCGCGGGCUGUCGCUGCUGGCUGUAUAUAAGGCAUAUGGGGAGAGGGAGAGCCUUGGCUGUGGAGCCACUCGUAUGAGAUUUCCAUUUAUGAAGAGCCGUGUUGGUUGGCUUUGACGUGGGAUCCGCCUUUAAACUGCGGGAGUUUUGUCCGAUAGACAUGCGUGUCAAGUUCCAUAAAAAAGGUAUGGAUGGGCAAGUCAACCGUCAACCGUCAACCGUCAACCGAAUGGAUUGAGACGUUGAUAGAUAUGCGAUGUUAAUUGUUGGAGCGGAGAUGGACGUCUCCCCCUUAACUAUGCCUUCCAAGAGGCUUCAUGUGGAUGAUCAACUAGUUCCAUAUAUACAUAUGU